CAUACCAGUACUGCUUUCACAGAACUGCUAAUAGCUAUUCGUUAGGAGGAGCGAGGUGGUAGUUCACGAAGCUGUCUGUUACCUCUGAGCUGGUGCUUCUGCCGAAAGAAAAGAAGCAGUUCUGUACAUUUGCGAUGAACGAAGGAAUUAGGUUUUUGUGAAGGGUGGUGGGGGGGGAGGUAGCCGACCCGAAUAAGAUGGCAGAGUUCGUGAGAGGGGGCCCGGGAACGGGAAUCGUGCUGCCGAAGGACAAGCUCCAGGGCUCCCCCAGCACGGGCAGCGACGAGGGCCACGACGUCGCCGUGGGCGAAGAGUUCGACCCGUUCCUGGCGGACGUCGAGGAGCCGGAGGGAGCCAAUGUGUCCGCCGUGGUCGCGCCGCCGGAAAACCAGUGGUACCACGGGCGACUGGACCGCUACACCGCCGAGGAGCGCUUGUGGCAGGCGGCGAAAAUGGGCAGCUACUUGGUGCGCGAGAGUGACAGGAAGCCCGGCUCCUACGUGCUCUCCUACUUGGGUCGAACCGGGAUCAACCAUUUCAGGAUAACAGCGGUGUGUGGGGACUUCUACAUUGGCGGGCGCCAGUUCGACUCCCUCUCGGACCUGAUUGGCUACUACACGAGCUGCUCGGACCUGCUGAAGAGGGAGCGGCUGAUACACCCCGUGCCGCCCCCGGAACCGGUGAACGACAAGAAGAGGGUUGUGGCCAUCCUGCCGUACACCAAGAUGCCCGACACGGACGAGCUGAGCUUCCAGAAAGGCGACAUAUUCUUCGUGCACAACGACAUGGGGGAUGGCUGGCUGUGGGUGACGGCGCACCGCACGGGCGAGCAGGGCAUGAUCUUCCGCGACCUGGUGGACGACCUGGACGAGAACAUCGACCCCAACACAGUGUUCAGCUGGUUCCACCCCAACGUCACCAAGAGCGAGGCCGUCGACAUGCUCGUCAAAGCCGGCCCGGGGAGCUUCCUGGUGCGUCCCAGCGACAAUUCUCCCGGGGACUACUCGCUGUUCUUCCACAUCAACAACCAGAUCCAGCGGUUCCGCAUCGAGAAGAAGGGGGUGCGCUACCUGAUGGGCGGUCGCACGUUCGAGUGUCUCGACGCCGUCAUCAACCGCUACAGGAAGGAGCAGAUCGUAGAGGGCCACACGCUCAUCCUCGCCGUCGGAAGGUCCAUGACGGAGGGUGAUGGCACCGUCAAAUCUAAAGAAGUUCAGCAUGCGGAGAAAAUAUACGCGACACUCCGCGAGUGCAGGGAACAAUCUGGAGUCAAGAAGAAUAAAGGCAUCAAGAUGCAGGGCUACCUCAACAAGAAGAGCGACAAGAACAAGAAGUGGAAGUCCAUGUACUUCGUGUUGCUGGUCGACGGGACGGACACGCACCUCUACUUCUACGACAACCCCAAGCGCACCAAGCCGAAGGGGCUGAUCGACCUGAGCUGCGCGUACCUGUACCAGGUGCACGACAGCGUGUUCGACCGGCCGCACUGCUUCCAGCUGGUGGAGCGCGCCCUGCCGUGCCUCGCCACCACCACCUACCUGUGCGCCAACACGGCCGACCUGGCGCAGGACUGGAUCUCGGCGCUGAAGCCGCUGUGCGUGACGCAGCAGACGAGGUCGCCCAAGGUGCAGAAGCUGCGAGAACUGCGUUGCCUUCACCUUCACAUCCUGGACGCCCACAGACUGCCGUACAAGCUGGUGCCGAACCCCUUCUGCAUUGUGUCGCUGAACCAAGUGAAGGUGGCUCGCACCAAGGUGAAGACCGGGCCGGACCCCGUCUGGGACGAGGAGUUCGUUCUCGAUGACGUACCGCCAGACGUCAUAACGUUCACCGUGACAGUUUACAACAAGGGGAAGCGCUCCAAAGACACGGAAGUGGCGGAGCUGAUGGUAGAUCUCGGCAACCUGACGAACGGCGAUGAGACGGAGGAGUGGUACCAGCUGACGGGCAUCACGCCCAUCGGGGAGUGGGGGUCGCUGCGGCUGCGCACGCGCUACCUGCACGACCUCAUCAUGCCCCAGGAGGAGUACUCGCCCAUGCAGCAGCUGGUCCUGGACCCCUCGCUGGAGGUGGUGCGUGCCCUGGCGGACAUCUGCCACCUGGACCGCGUGCCCCUCGCCAGCUCCCUGCUCCGCAUAUUCAGGUACGAGCGCAAGGAAGCGGACCUGCUCAAGUUGUUGAACGAGGCCGAGAUCGAGAAGGAGGAGGAAACAUCGACGCUGUUUCGCGCGGCCUCCCUCACCACCACGCUCAUGGACCUGUACAUGAAGUCCGUGUGCGGUGGCUUCCUGCAGUCCGCGAUCCUCGGAACCAUCCUCAAGUUGAUGGAGGCGAAGCAGAGCUGCGAGUUAAAUCCCACCAAGAUGGAUUCUCCAGAUGAUGCUUGUGCCAAUGCGGAAUUUCUCCUUCAAGUUUUGGAUGAAAUCACGUUAUCCAUAUUCAUGUCAGCAGAGGCCUGCCCUAAGACGAUACGGUACAUCUGCGGGUGCCUUCAGCGGGCUGUGAUGGGGAAGUGGCCCCACGAGAGACUGGUGCGAACCCGCGUUGUUAGCGGCUUCAUUUUUUUACGGUUAUUGUGUCCUGCUAUUCUCAACCCCCGCCAGUUUAACUUAAUUUCAGAGCCGCCGCUGCAGACGGCCGGCCGCUCGCUCAUCAUGGUGGCCAAGUGCCUGCAGAACCUGGCCAACCUGGUGGAGUUCGGGGGCAAGGAGCCCUACAUGGAGGUGGUCAACCCCUUCAUCCUCAAGAACAAGGAGCGCAUGGUCGUCUACCUCGACCAGCUGUCGAACCUGCCGGAGCGCCCGGAGUCGGAGGAGGUGCGCGUGAAGGGGGACCCCGCCAGGGACCUGGGCACGCUGCACCACAUCUGCGUCACGCACCUCAAGGAGCUGCAAGCCCUCGGCAAGACUCAGGUGACGAUCAAGAAGCUGGUGACGGUGACUGAGAUGCUCACGAAGCACAAGCAGAAGUACCUGGAGAUGAUCAGGUAGUGGGCGCGGCUGAUUGGCCGCCGACCCGCGCCCUUCGAGAGCCGCCUCCGCGUCGUUGCACGUCGCUUCGAACCUCGGCUGCGGUCUACCCGCGGUGGAUUGUGACUUGCAGCGAAGACGUUAGUGAGUAGGUCCUUGGAUUGCUGUUUUGUCGUUUUCAAGUUAGGAAUUUGUUGAGAUCUGAUAAUUAACUAGAAGUUUUUAUUUAGUGAAACUAGAAUAUGUAUAUAAAGUGGAGACCCAAAAUAAUUUAGGUCUGUGUUAUGUUGAAAUAUUUUUGUGUGUGGAAAUAGUUGGAAGAGCAAUUUCCUUCAUAAAAAACGCAUUUGAGGCACCAUUUUUUUUACGAAGAAUGGACUCAAAUUGAUGGAGCAGUUCACUAAGUAGUGUGUUAUUUUUGUUAUUGUUACGAUAUUUUGUUGAGGCUGCCUUAUUUUAAUUGCAAUGUUGCCAACUUAUACGUGUUGUCUUUUUGACACAAUACAUAUGGUGUUAGCAAGAAAAACAUGCAUAUGUUAAUAUUGAGGCGUAAGGCAAUGUUAAAGUGGAGACAUCAGCAUAAGAACUCGUAUAUUUUCAAGUUUUAAGGCUGAACGACUUUUCUGAAGAAAGAUUGAAGGCUUAAAAUGGGAAAAGUAUUUCAGAGUUGAAGUUCUGUUUGUGGAACCUGUUCAAGGAAGUCUUGGAUGUCAGAGCAAAGGGUGACAGUCGGGCAGCAUUUUGUGGACAGCAGUUUUAAAUGUGCAGGAGCCUACGUAAUGAGAAAUCUGCGCUAGUUAAAGAAUUUCCGUUAUUUUAAGAUACUGGUUACAAGAUGAUGGUGAAUUACCAUUAUCUCUGGAAAGAUUGCAGCCUUUUCCAAAGACUGGCUUUGAGCCCAUAUCAUGUGAUAGAUAACCUCUCUUUUUGAAAGGAUGUAGACUGAGACACAGUUGACGGCUGUACUUGACCAUGGUCAAUAUUUCAGUGAUGUCCUUGAGUUAUAAUUACGAGUGGUAAAUGUGAAAUUGUGCUACUGAAUAAUAAUGGAGGUAGCUUUACAAAGACUGGAACCCACUGUAGAUCUGCAAAAACUUUUGUGCUCAAGAAGAUGACAACGUGUUGGGGUUAUAUUGUUUGUUUAAGCAACUGCAGCAAUAUUUGUUGUAAAAUAUUGCUAGCAAAAAUUUUGUUUGUAGCUUACAUUGUGUAAAAUUUAGUGGCAAGUACUACGUGCAGUAUAGAAUGCUGAAAUGAAGCGCAAGUAAAACAGUACGAAUCCCAAAGUGUCAAAUGCACUGACGUUAACGAAUUGUAAUAAUCAAUGUCUCGCACAAAUAGUUAAUAGUGCUUUUAGUGUGAAAACAUGAACUUCAUUGUUUCUUCAAGGUAAGACAGUUUGCAAGGUGGCUACUGUGUUUGGGGGUGAUGUGUAUUGAACCGUGCGGGACAGGUAACUUCAUCUGGCAAGCAAAAGUGUGUUUAUUUUCAAGCAAUGGAUAGUGAUGAAAAGCAAAACAGUACAAUUUUCUCUUAGACUAGUUAAGCAGCAUAGAACACAGAGAAAGAAGUAAAAAUGUAUUUUUUUUUGUAAUGGUGAACAAACUAAGUUUUUCACAAAUUUAUUUUGAAUUCCCACUGUUGAAAAGUAUAGCUCAAUUCACAAACAUAUUCCUAAGUGCUGAUAUAAUAUAGGGGAUGUAGCCAGUCGUAUUUAAUGCAAAGUUAGGUAAGUUUUCAUUGAAAAAUUAUAUUCAGUCACAAUAAUCUAAAAAGGGUUUAUCUAUGGAUGGACCGGUGCUGGUUUUUAAAGUUAAAUCAUGUGUUCUUAUUUUUCACUUUUAACUAAACUGCUUCAAAUAUUCAUGUUUGAGCUGUCAGAGAAUAGUUUACUUUUAUCAUCUAUUGAGUCAUUCAGUCUGUGGAAAGAUAGUGCUAGAUACGUUAGUCGCCAGCGCACUACUGCUGUUAGGGGACGUUCUGUGGAGGUGUGUGAACCUUGCAGCCGUAGUGGUGGGGGAAUUUGACUGAUGUGGUGAGGUCGCAAGUGGGUAAAAUUUAGUCGAUAUCUUGGAGGCUGUCUUAGAUUCUAACAGCUUGGAAUUUCGAUGCUGAGAAUUUGUUCCUCAGUUCUCGCCAAAUCCGGACAGUCACCUUUCUUGGCGAAUAAAACGCUUAAAUUUCGUUCUCUUGCAUCAAGAGAUGGGUCAAGCGUCGACAAGUUAAUCCGAGUUGAUUUCGAUGGACACUGUCCAAUUAGAUUUCCAUUGUGAAAUCUUGAAGACUUUCGCUGUCGAAAUCAGUUGAGACUUGAGAGUGUUGCUUUGCUGAGUGUGUCAAUACAUGGUGAAAACGUGAUACACCACAGGUGCUCUUUUCACUGCCUAGCAAUGCCCAUGGUCUACCCAGACGUGUGUUGUGCGAAGGGGGACCACCCACAUGACUACUACUGCUAGUGCUUAAAAUAUUUACUGACCACACAUUACGUUCGUUCAGGCAGAGAGACAGUUUUUCUCACAUUAUACCAAACUAUGUUUUCUCAUGUAGCACAAAUUAAGCUACAAACUCCACAUGUAGUAAACCUUGCAUUGAAAAUCUUGUGUAUUGAUAACUUACGGAUGAACAUUUAAUACUUAGGGCUUAGAGUGAAAAUAACACCAACAAGAAACCAAAUGCCAAAUAAAAUUUCAAGUCCUUAUGCAUCAUGGAAACUAUGAGUUUAGCAAUCUGCAACCUGUGACGAAUCUGAGGUUUUACAGUUUCAGUCAUAAGUGAGUAUUUUUUUAAAAUUAGAACUACGUAUGUUACACAACAUUUGAAUGCAAUGUAGGCAAUCCAUACUUGCAAAGUAUUAUGUUCAUUCGUAUAAAUUACAACAACAUUUAUUAAAAGAGUAUAUUUGGUGUGCUUUUGUGGUCCUCCUUAUUGAAAUACAAAGAAACACCUAAUUUUAACAUAAAUUUUUGUUGCUUGUUAAGUUCACAAUUUUGGGUCUCGACUGAUGGGUCAGUUUCAUUUUUUCCACUUGAUGCUUAAAGAUUUCUCAUUGCACUCUGUUCUUCCAACUUUGUGGAAAAUGUGCAAUUGUUUACCAUUGAAAAUGUAACUUGGUUAGUAAUGAUGUUGCUUACUAUUGUACUGUUUGAAUAUGAAUAUUUCAUUAAACACCAUCAUUGUUAUUGCUGUAUGUCAAAUUGAAUUGCUAAGAUGGUUUUUCACAUCUGAGCUGAUCCAAACCAAGUUUGUUUGUCAAUUUAUUAGCUCUGUUGUCAUUUUAUAAAGUAAAUUUAUUAAAUGCAGUUCAUUUGUGGUUUUUGUUGUUGCUGCAUCAAGAAAUGUUGAAUUUUGUUCAUUUUCUUUUCCGAACAUCAUAUUUGUGAACGGUAAAAUUAAAGAAAGAGAACUAAUUACAGAAAAUUGAAUUCUAUAUUAAAUUUGGUUCCAGUUGAAGACAGUGUCACAUUAAAAUUAUCUAUUUCUUUUUAGGAACAAUAUGUACAGAUACAUUAGUGUGUAAUGGGUUUUGAUACCAUAAUAUUUUUAAACAAGAUGCAUUCAGUUAUUUGCAUAGAUAAAUAAGCAGAGUUUUUCUAACCAUUUUUAUACAUAAAACAUUUUGGUGUAUUCAUUAUAAAAUGAAAGUACAGUAAUAAGUGUCUAAUUGAAUUGCUUGAAGACGAGGUGUGAAAAUGAUAAUGAUCAAGUAGAAAUGUCAUGUAUGACUUAAUUAGUUAACUUUGUGUUUUGUUAAUUUUCUAUGCAUGUAUAUAUGAUCAUAAAAAGGUUUAUAUACCGGCAGAAACAGUUUAAAAUAUUUUCUAUGAACACUUGAUACUUGAUUUUCCACAGCCUUAAGUUUGUUGUUACCUAAUUAUCUGAUCAUUAAUUAAAAGGACAUUUUGCUUAAAUUGUAAGUUGUAACGCAGUUGCCUGAAUUAAGAAUGUGUCGGUAGCAGUUUGUCUGCAGCAAAUACAUGUAUAUUUCAUUCCAAAGGUCUUGUGAAUAAAUGAUAUGUUUUUAUUA